AAGGAAACUCAUUAGUUUACUUCAAAGUUCACGAAACUUCUCUUUGGAGCUCGCUGUCGGAUCAACAAGUGAUUGAUUGCGUAACGGUGAUGCGCGUCAUCCAAAAGAGAUUCUAAGUUUUGCGGCACAGGCGUAGGGAAUUACUGACUUUAAGAGAAAGGAAAACUUUGGUUAACUUGGUACAAGAAAGCCGAACUUUCCUGGACAUGGCAGAGGGAGACUUUUACACCAUGGGAAACCGGCAGAGGUUUCCCAGAGAUCCGUUUUGUGAAUCACCGUUCAGGGAGCAGUCUCCGUUCCGGGAUCAGCUCGCGUCCCGGUUUAUGGACGAUGAGUUUGGGAUGCCACCUUUCCCUGAUGAACUGGGGAUGGAGUGGCCGGGCUGGGCGCGACCGGGUCGGCUCAGCUCGCGCCUCAGUCCGUCGCCCUUCAGCAGCACUUUACGCACGGGUUUCCCCCCGCGCCAUUCCACGGGAGGCCCCGCGCUGUACACCAGCAGGUACGGGGAGCCUUCUUCCCGGAGCUCCCCCACCACCAUCGCCACCAGCAGCAGCAGCAGCAGCUGCAGCAGCGCCGGGGGAGAACCGUGGAAAGUUUGCGUGAACGUCCACAGUUUCAAACCAGAGGAAUUAAACGUGAAAACACGAGACGGGUUUGUAGAAGUGUCAGGGAAACAUGAAGAGAAGCAGGAGGAAGGAGGGAUAGUGACAAAGAAUUUCACAAAGAAGAUACAGAUCCCAUUAGAUGUGGACCCUCUGGCAGUCUUCGCCUCUUUGUCCCCCGAGGGUGUCCUCAUCAUCGAAGCUCGACAGACGCCCCCGUAUCACCUCUUCAGUAACGAGGGCUCUCAGGCUGACGAAACACAGGAGGUGGAAGUCUCCAGGCCCCAAGAGGCAGCCAUGGCCUAAACCCCGACUCCCUUUGACUAACGUGACACAUCACCCGGCUCAGUCAAGUUCAAGUUUGAUGUGAAAUUUGUGGCUUUCAGCUUCAUGUUGUUACAAACCUGGAUUAUAAAAUGUGUCAAAUAUUCUAGGAGGUUUUCAAGAUGUUUCAAAUUUUAUGUCAAAAACGCCUAUUUCAACAGUGAAGUUCCUCAUCUUUCAAUUGAUGGUAAUGGUACAGUUUUCCCUCUAUAUUGAUUCUCCUUCACUUCUCUCUAUGGCUGCAGCUAAUAAUUAUUCUAUUCUAUUUCUUUGGACCGUUUUUUGCACAAAAAUAAUACAAAACAGCCUGUAAAUGCCAAAACCUAAUUUCCACGUUUGUGAGUCCACUUGCAGUCCAGGAUUUGCGACCAUGUGACUUAUUUACAUUGAUUGUGACGCUCCAGUUAAGACAAUAUAUACAAAUGGAACAGCAUGUAGAAUUAGGUUUGGGUCAAGCUCAAUGUGAGCCCUCAUUUUAGUUAAGUUAAGUAUAGAACCACAGGCACAUACGUGUGACCAGUAUAGAAUAGAAUAGAAUAGAACGUAGUUCAUUUACUCUGAUUAAUGAAAAAGAAAAAUGACUGACGAAAAGUGAUUUUUGCUGUAAACUCGGCUGCCAGUAAAAGUUCUUUCUGUUCCCUUAAAUUUAAAUAGAAAGCUUAAAUUGAGGAUAAUAAUUGCGGCUUAAUCUUUUAUCUGUAUUGUGUGAUUUUUGGUUACAGCCCAGCUGGUUUGGUGAACAUGAACGUGUCAUCAGCAUUCAAGUGAUGUCAUGCUUUCACUGUGCUGGAGGUCAAAAAUAUCAGAUGUGCUUUUAUAUUAGUUAAUGAAUGUCACCUAAACUGAUAACACACUUAGAAGGUAGAGGGGUGGACUAUGUGCAUUCAUAAUGUGUUCUAGCAAAAUGUCUUGUACAUACACUGUACUUUUGAUUAAUUAUACAUAUUAAACUGAACUCUGAAGGGUUUGCAAUAUGGUUUGAAUGUAUUUAUAAUCUUUUUUUAAUUGAGAAUUCAAAAUUAUGUCACAUGGAUGUUGGAGAGGACGGCCUGACUUGUUAAUCAAAGACUUGCUUCCUGUAUUCUUUACAUUCUGUUGAUGUCUUUGUAUUGGCUGUUGCAAUUAAAAAAAAAUAAGACUAGUGAAUCUC